AAUAAGAAGACACAUCACUAAUUGGGCCGGACCCAAACUUAUUAAAACGGGCCGAAAAUCCGAACAAAACCUCCAUUUGUAAAUCCAGUUAAUCGGAGACGAUCAUCUUCAUUUUUCCAAUAAUCACACUCGCAAUCUGCAAAACCGUUAAUUCACAAUGCUACACGAACUCCUACUGGCACUGUUAGGCUACACCGGAGACCUAAUCAUCGACGAACGAGAACGUCAGCAUUCCGUUGGCUUUUCACCGGACGACUCCAUCUCCGAUCACUGCACCUUCAAGCUUGCUCCAGACAUCUCGUUUAUCUCACCGGAGGAAAGGGAUAUUAUUGAGAAUAUAAUUAAAUUAGGGUUUUACUAUCGUGAACUCGACCGGUUUGCCGCAAAGUCCCGCAACUUAAGCUGGAUAAGAUCAAAGAAUGAGUCUCCAUUAUCGCAAACUUCUGAGUUCUUGAAAGAGACUGUUGGCAAUCAAAGUGUUUACAGGAGGGCUAUUGCAAAUGGCAUAGUGGAAUUUCUUUCCAUUUACAGAUCUGCGGUUUUGCAUAUUGAACAGAAGUUGAUGGCAGAUUCUCUACCAAUCUUAGCUACAGUUACUCAAGGCCUGCAUAAGUUUCUUCUUUUCUUUCAACCUCUUUAUGAGCUAAUUCUAGAGAUUGAGCGUGAUGGUAUCUACGGUGGGAAACUUCUUAAUCUUCUAUAUAAACGAAGCCAUUGUGGGGUGCCAGAGCUGCAGACAUGCAUUAAGAGACUUCUUUGGCAUGGACAUCAAGUCAUGUAUAAUCAACUUACAUGCUGGAUGGUAUAUGGGAUUCUUCACGAUCAAUAUGCAGAGUUUUUCAUCAGCAGGGAGCAGAAAAAAAAUUCUGAGCAUGAACCGUCUCAUACCAACAAUAUUCAAAAAAUGGCUCAUGUGUCGAACAGUGAUCAAUCUUUAAGCGAUUGGUACAUGGGCUUCAGUAUCUCCAUGGGAAUGUUGCCAGAAUACAUUCCAGUGUGUGUGGCAGAAUCUAUUCUUUUUGCUGGAAAAGCAAUUAGGGUUCUCCGAAAUCCUAGUUCUUCCUUCCGGUCUGUGGAUGUGCUGACUCAUCAGGAAACAGGGCCACAGACAUAUAAAGAAUCUUUGAGGAAGAAACCCUCAUUAAAUACAACAUUAACAGGAGAUGAAUUACUGCCACAAUCAGAAGCUGAUAAAAUUGAAUCAAGGCUUAAAACUUUGCAGGAAUCAUCUGAGUUCCACAAAAGAUCAUUCGAGGAGGCCAUUGGUUCAAUCAGAACUAUUGCAGCCAGCCAUCUUUGGCAGCUCGUAGUUGUUCGCGCUGAUUUAAAUGGCCAUUUGAAGGCCAUUAAAGAUUAUUUUCUUCUAGCAAAAGGUGAUUUCUUCCAGAGCUUUCUUGAGGAGAGUCGUGAAUUGAUGCGUCUACCACCUCGUCAGUCAACUGCUGAAGCUGAUCUUAUGGUUCCAUUUCGGAUGGCCAUGACCAAGACUAUCAGUGAUGAUAAGUAUAUUUCAAAAGUGUCAUUGCGGGUCAACAUCAGGUCAAACCAAGUAGAUGGAGGUCUCAGUGCCUUAUCUGAUACUUCAUUGGAUGGCUGGGAUGGUAUUUCCCUUGAAUAUUCUGUUGAUUGGCCCUUACAAUUGUUUUUUACAGAAGAGGUUCUCACUAGGUACCGAAGAAUCUUUCAAUAUUUACUCCGGUUGAAAAGAACACAAAUGGAACUGGAGAAAUCAUGGGAAUCUGUAAUGCAACAAGGUCACUUGGAUUUUGCCAAACGUCACAACAACCGAGAAUACACCAAAACGUCUCAACAGAGACAACACCACCCUAGACCAAUGUGGUGGGUUAGAGAACACAUGGUGUUUUUGAUACGAAAUCUUCAGUUUUAUAUACAAGUGGAUGUGAUUGAAUCUCAAUGGAAUAUCUUGCAAUCACAUAUAAAGGAGUCGCGUGAUUUCACCGACUUGGUGGGCUUUCAUCAAGCAUACUUGUCAGCUUUGAUCUCACAAUCUUUCUUGGAUAUUGGGUCGGUAUCAAGGAUAUUGGACGGAAUCAUGAAGCUUUGCUUGCAGUUCUGCUGGAAGAUUGAAAAUCAAGAAGAUGAUGCAAGCAUUGAUGAACUGGAGCGAAUAACUGAGGAAUAUAACAAGAAAUCAAAUUCGUUAUACACGAUAUUGCGUAGCAGCAGGCUUGCUGGUAGUCAACGAGCGCCAUUUCUUAGGCGUUUCCUUUUGCGUUUAAACUUCAAUUCCUACUUCGAGGCAACUGCACACGAUGUUAUGAAUGUCAUGAGGCCACCACCAGCCUUCAAACGAUUGCAGCUUUAAAUCUUCCUAGCAGUUUGGAUGCAUCAAUGACUCAAUGAGUUGGCCACAAAGCUCAAAUCGGGUAUCGCUUGUCUUUUAGCAAAAAGGAAAGCGUAUUUGCAAAUGUGGUUUCUUAGAGCGUUCAUAAUAAGGCAUUUUUAACUUCCUUUUUUUCUCAUUUUUCCACCUCAUUCAUAUUUACCUAUUGUAGACUCCAUUUUUUGGGUUCAUUUUUCCUAUCCAUAUUUUCUCACAAACAUGAAAAAACGAAGAAAAGGUGGGGUAUGUGGCAGAUGGUGGGGCCGGGAGGGGGUUUUGAUGAAAAAGGUGUUGACUAGGCAUGUUUUUAGGUGUAUUUAGGCAUGUUUUGAUGAUCUUAUGUAUUUGGGCCUGAACUUUUGUUUGAUAAUCUAAUAAUGAAUUUAGUCCUACAUGUUGAUAAAUUCAGCCUGAAACUUUUGACCAAAAAUAAUGAACUUAAGGCAUAAAUCUAAUAAAAAGACAUUCAAACAAGUUCAGUUUUGGAGUUCGGUCUGGUUUUGGAACAAGGUAUAAUUGGAAUGAACCUUAAUUUUCAGCUUUUGAAAAAGAAAAAAAAAAACGAACCUUCACUUAUAAGUCUAGGUUGGAUGUUGGUGCGGUGUAAU